ACAGUCCACUACAAAACCCUUUACAUCACACCAGCUACAUAACAGACCACCGCUUUACACAGAUCAACACCUGAAUUAAGAGAGUAGAAUUUCCUUUUUAAAGAGAAGGAAAACCCUUGACAAAGAACUUUACUUUUCAAAUUUCCAAUCAAGACAAGAGGACACAUCACAAGGAUGGGAUCUGCUGGGGUACAGAUUGUAUGUGUGGCCCUUGGGGUCCUGGGCCUGAUCGGGGGCAUUGUGUGCUGUGCCAUCCCUAGGUGGAAAGUGUCAUCAUUUACAGGACAGAACAUCGUAACGGCACAGGAAACUGAAGAGGGCCUGUGGAUGACCUGUGUGGUGCAGAGUACUGGCCAGCAGCAGUGUAAGAACUAUGAGUCCCUGCUGGUUCUGCCAUCUGACCUGCAGGCGUCCCGUGCCAUGACCAUCAUCAGCUGCAUGGUCACCUCCCUGGCCAUCCUCAUCUUGUUCGCCGGCGCCGACUUCACCACCUGCGUGGAGAAUGAGGACAUCAAGCCCAAGAUCAGCCUUGUGGCUGGGAUCGCUCUGUUGGUGUCUGGCCUCCUCCUCAUCAUCCCUGUCAGCUGGUCCGCCCACAACGUCAUCAGCAACUUCUACAACCCCCUUGUGGCCCAGAAGAUGGAGCUGGGAACCUGUAUCUUUAUUGGCUGGGCUGCUGGGGUGCUUCUGAUUCUGGCCGGAGGCCUGCUCAUGUGCUUCAGCAGAGCCAAAUCUGGCAGCUCGGGAGGAACCGCCAAGUACUACGGCAACAGCUCUUCAGCCCCCGCUGCCAACAAGAACUACGUCUAGUGCAUGUAUUACACCUCUGUAUGUUUGUAUGUGUGUAGAGAGAUAGUUUGAUGUAUUACACCUCUGUAUGUUUGUAUGUGUGUAGAGAGAUAGUUUGAUGUAUGACACCCCUGUAUGUUUCUAUGUGUGUAGAGAGAUAGUUUAAUGUACUACACCUCUGUAUGUUUCUAUGUGUGGAGAGAGAUAGUUUGAUGGAAAGGAAAUGGGUCAGACAGAAUGUAAACAAGAAAGGGGAGGCGUUUAACCUUGAGGAUAAAGAAGGGACAUUAUUAGUGGAAAUAAUGGUUGUAAAUAUUGAAUAUUUCAAAAUAGUUGUAGUUAAUCCAAGGGUCCAAUAUGGGGGUUCAAUUUAAAAUACACAUAUAUUUUUAUUUGUUUUGGGGGGGGACUAACUCAAUAUACUAUAAUAUACUACAAAUCGAAACUGUGUAGAGAUGAUGAUGUACCUACAUUCAUACAGUUUCUUAACUGUGUCCAGCUCGCUAAUAAUCACCUACAUGAAGGUUAGACAGUCAAGGAGCACCGGAAAUUCCAAAAACGAUGGAUAGAGGAAAUUAUUUUACAAAUUGUGACGGAGAGCAAAUAUAACCAAUUUUCAGUGUGGAUCUCCGGACCUCGUUGAAGACCAAAUGCAGCCCCCUGGGCAGAAGGGGAUUGACACCCUUGUUGUAAUGUGUUAUCUCGUUGAGUUUUUUAAUGCUGGGUGGCAUGCUUCUAUAAUGCCAUGAAUGAACAACAGAGAGCAAGGUGAGGGACUCAGUGGUCAUGCAUCUCCAAAUACAGGUAGAGUUAAAUGACUGUAUAUAUCAUUUACAUCCAUGAGAUCACAACUUUUUUACUUAUGUAAAUCAGCUUGUCUUUUACUUUUGUGUAUCAAAUACUAAAUACAUGUUUUUAUUUUAUUCUGUUGCAAUAGAAAUGAUUGUCAUCUCCUUCAGGUGUGCCAUCCUUUGGUUUGGAAAUGUUAACAAAAGCAAAACAAGUUUAAAUAUUUUGGAAAAUAUUAAGGACUUUUAUUUCCAACUAUGUAAGAGCAUAUAUUAAAAACAAGUCUCUAUAAAUGUGACAACUGACACCAAAAAACGAAUUCAAGCUUCCAGACCCGAAAAUAUUUGGCUGCUGAUAUUGAUGGAUCCUGUCUCCAACUCUCCCUUUAAACAUCUUUCCUUCAAAUAUCCCCAACUAUUUAUAACUAUUUGACUUUCAUCUCCUCUUUAUCUUCUCCUCUUUACACCUCCUUCUCUCUCUCCAUCAGCUCCAUCUCGAACCCAAUGGCUCUGUUUCAAUUCUUGCUCUCCAGUUCGCUCACGCGCUUGGUCAGCUCCUCUACUGUUUCCUUCAGAGUCUUCACCUCCUUCUGCAAGGCAUGUACCUCCUGAGAGAGAGAGAGAGAGAGAGAGAGAGAGAGAGAGAGAGAGAGAGAGAAAGAUAGAGAGAGAGAGAGAGAGAGAGAGAGAAAGAGAGAGAAAGAAGGAAAGGGGAGAUUCCUGGUGAAAUGUGCAAAAGAGGAAGCCAUAUCUAAAAUACAGUAUCUAUUCACAGAUAUAUCAAAGCAUGUAGGUAGAUGCAGCCAUGUCCUUACCCCAGUGUUACCGUGCUGAUGCCCCAUGGCUGCUGAUGUGGUCUUCAGAAGACUUUUGUGAACUUUGAACUCUUUGGAUUUGGUGGUUGUCGCAAAACCGUCCUUCAAGGAGAUCAGGAUAGGUUGGCCCUCUUUGCCUUCAAACCACUCAUUGGCCUCCACAGACGGCUCUGGACCCAUGGUGUCUGGAUACAAAUCCUCCUGAAACAGGUCAGACUGAAGAGAGAGAGAGAGAAAGUGAGAUAUUUAAGAAUCACAUGCUUUGAGUUAUAGUCAUUUUUUAAAAGUGUAUUUACCUUGCGGGGCACCGUCAUGACAAUGGGCUCGCACUUCCUCUCAUGGAGCUUGUAAAACCUGGUGGAGGACGAAUAAAACAAUAUACAUUCCCCUUUUACAAA